UCCCUCUGGUCUCUCGAGUGCCUCCAACACAAGGACAGCCAUGCAAGUGAAGUUCCUCCUCGGUGUCCUCGCCGGCGUCUCGGCCGCCGGCUACAAGGCGCAGCCACAAGGAUACAAGCAGCAGCCCCAAGCGUACGGCAACGACGGCUACGGCAACUCGGGUUACGGCAACACUGGUUACGGCAACGAGCCCCAGGGCUACGGCAACGCGGGGUACGGCAAGCCGGGCUACGGCAACACGGGGUACGGCAACACGGGUUACGGCAACGAGCCCCAAGGCUACGACAACACGGGGUAUGGCAAGCCGGGCUAUGACAACACGGGCUACGGCAACGAAGGCUACGGCAAGCCGGGGUAUGGCAAGCCGGGGUACGGCAAGCCGCAGCCGACGUACGCGCCGCCGUCGUACGCGCCGUAUCAGAGCCACUACAAGGUGGACACGACGGCGCCGUACCCGUACACAUACUUUUCGGCCGACCACAAGAAGGACCGGCUCAGCAUCCCCAAGCUCGGCGAUUACCACUGCUUCUUGACGGGUGCCCCGUGGACCACGUGCGGCCGGAAGAGCCUCACGAGCUACUUCCUCGACCAGUGCCUCGUCUUUUACGUGCAAAUGUCGGCCAACGUCAACGGCAUCUGCGGCGGCAAGCCACCCAAGCCAACGCCCGAGCCCAAGGCGCACAACGACGACUACUACAGCCCCGACUACCCGUCCGAGCCGACGCCCAAGCCCACGACGCGCAAGCCCAAGACCGACGGCUACGGUGCGGUCACGAGUGCGCCCGGGUACGGCGACAGCGCCGACUUUGUCGAGGACGUCGAUGCGUCGUCGCCGGCGUACCUCCAGGAGAAGUGCUACCAAAAGUCGUUCGUGUCGAUCACGACGGCGACCGUCAUGUG